AUGGCAACACCGCAGACAUUACCAAAGAAAAGAGCUGGUAUUCAAUCAGCUACAUCAUCAUCGAUACGACACAAUACACCAUCAUCCAAUAGAAUCAUAUCGAAUCGCGUCAUUCUGAAUCGAAGACAUGUUAGUAGAUCAAAUCAACCUGGUAAUAUAACUGGUACUCCAGGAGGAGGAGGAGCAGGAGGAGGAACAGGAAAUAUUGAUGAUUCAACUAAUGAUACUAGUUUAUUAGAAGAUAAUAAUAUUGGAUUUAAUGAGAAUAAACAUGUUAUAAUGAGUAAUUUUGAAGAAUGGAUUAAAAUGGCAACUGAUAAUAAAAUUACCUCGAAAAAUUCCUGGAAUUUUGAUUUAAUUGAUUAUUUUCAUGAUUUAAAUGUUAUUAAAGAUGGAGAAAGUAUUAAUUUCCAAAGAGCAAGUGCUACUUUAGAUGGAUGUGUUAAGAUUUAUUCUAGUAGAGUUGAAUCGGCUGCUAGUGAAACAGGGAAAUUAUUAAGUGGAUUAGCUAAAAAGAAAGAAAUGGAAAAUAAUGGUAAUCAAGAAGAUGAUGACGAUGAUGAUGACGAUGAAAAUAAUGGAAACGGAUAUGGAAAUAAUGGAACAGAUGGUGAAAAUGGUGAAGGUGAAGGUGAUUUGAGAAAGAAAAGAAAAUUUAAUAGAAUUGUUGAAUCUACUUUGGUAGGAUUUGAUACUAUAAGAAUUAAAAAAUUAGAACAAGAAUUGGCUAUUGAUCCAUUAUUUAAAAAAGCAUUGGCUGAAUUCGAUGAGGGUGGUGCUAAAAGUUUAUUAUUGAAUACUUUGAAUGUUGACACUUCGGGUAGAGUAGUAUUCGAUGCCACUUCAAAUCCAAUUCAAGAAACUCAACAUGAAGUAGAAGAAGAAGAGGAAGAGCAAGAAGAAGAAGAAGAAGUUGAUGACCCAGAUAUUGAAUCUGCUAUUGGUUCAUUGGCAAAUUUUUUGUUUAAAGAUGAAGAAGAUGAGAAAACAUUUCAAAAUCUUACUAUUUGUCCAUCAUUAGGUGAAUUUCAAUCGGCAUUGACAGAUAUCAAUCAAGCUAAAAGUAUAUUAAGUGAUUUUAAUACUAAAAUGAAUGCGGAAACUCAAGAACAUUUUAUGGAGACUUUUACACCUUCAACUGAUAAUAAUGAUUAUGGAUUUAAUGAUGAAUUGAAUGAUUUUGGAGGAAUUGAAUUCAAUGAUGAGGAUGAUGACGACAAUAAUAAUAAUAAUGAAACGCAUAACAACAGUGAUCCUUUUAAUAAUGUAUCACAUACGAUGAUGCAAACUUUAUUUAAAGAACCAUCUGAAACUAAUAUCCAUUUGAAUGCUGUGAAUUCAUUAGUUAUGGAUCAAGAGUUAAUGGCUUAUUUUGAUGAUCGAAUGAAAUCAAAUUGGAGAGGACCCGAGCACUGGAAAGUGUCCGCAUUUAAGAAAGCUCAUAAAAUAGAUCAACAACUGGAAAAGAAAAAUGAAACCAAUCAUGAUGAUGAGCAACAAGAGCAAGAUCCACAAGUUAAACAAGAAAAUGGAACUGUUACACCUAGAAGAAGGAAACCUGAGAAUGUAAUUAUAGAUUUUUUCAAUGAUGAAUUUGAUGAAGAUGAAUUAUUUGAACCACCAAAGAAUAUCAAUACAAUAAAUAAAAAGUAUACAUCUAUGGAAAUGGAAUUUAAAUUACCUGAUGAUAUAAGGUAUAAUUCGGCAAGAUUAACUAAUUUAUUUUCCAAACCACAUAUUCCAAUAAUGCAUCAUUCACAAAGGAAAUUUCAAACCAAUGAACAAAUAUUAACUGAUGAGAAUUUCUUUGCUGAACAAUAUAAAGAACAAGAAGAAGAGGAAGAAAGAGAAAGAUUAGCUCAUUCAUUCCAUCAAGCAGAAUGUGAAGAUUUUGAUAAUGAUUUUGGUGAUGUUGGAGGCAUUGAUUUUAAUGAUGCAUUAGAAGCUGAUCCAAGAGAAACUGUAACUGAAAGUCAACAAAAUAUCAUUGGGAAAAGACGUCCUGAAUAUGUUAAUUUUUCAAGAGUUGCUAAACGUGUUGAUGUUAAAUUAUUGAAAGAUAAUUUAUGGAAAGGAAUGCAAAAGGAAAUACUAGAAGUUUCCAAAGAAGAUGAACAGGAUGUGGAAGAGGAAGAGGAAGAGAAAGUAGAAGAAGAACCAGCUAAGGAAGUUACGUUUGGAAAUGUUGUUAAGAAUGUUCUUAAUAUGUAUAACAUUGAUCAAGCUAAAGAUAUAUCCACGAGUUUUUGUUUUAUUUGUGUUCUACAUUUAGCCAAUGAACAUGGAUUAAAGAUUAAAAGUACAGAAAAUCAUGAAAGUUUAAGUAUUACAGGAUUUUAG